UAAAUUUAUGACCGCAACCUGAAUUUUUGUACGUUUUCGCGUUCAUUCAUUUGUUCGUUCAUAUCGUGCACGAUGUUGAUUUAUUGUUGUAGCUUAUUGUUGAGAUGGUAAAGGUUCAGUUGCGAUAGUCUUCGAGAUAAUCUUUUGCAAUGUUUUUUGUUUCAUAUUUUUGGAUGCGUUGGCUGAGAGUUUUUUUUCGAUAGAGUUUAACUGUUCUGACUAUUUUUUAAUUCAGUUUUCUAUGAAACUAUUGAAAGGAAGGAAACAAUGUGGUAUUUUCGUAGUUAUUUUUUUUCAGUAUUCUCAGUUAAGCGAAGAACAAUUGAAUAGCUUCAGAUGAUUUAAAUGGCUUGAUGUUAAGAGAAAGGAAGCUGCAUUGGAAAUUGAGGGCAGUGCCAGAUCCGUUUGGACAUCCAGUUGGCAGCACUCUUAGCUGAGCCAGUGUUUGCAUGUUUUGAGGACUGGGAGGGAGGCGUGUGAUCACUUCUCUGUACUCUAAUUGGUGUCGUAUGGUUCAUGCUUGCCUUGCCUUUGCUUGUGUUAUUAUGGCCUUCGGCCCCCAAACGGGCUUGCUUUUAAGUUGGACCUUUUCACUCGCUCGCCCAUUUGCUGCCAUGCUAGCUAGCCUGUUCAGUAAAGUUUGAGAGAUGCCACCUCAACCUCACCACUGCCACUGUGCACCAUAUUGUUACGUACCUCCUGUUCUGUUCUGUUGGUGGCAAAAUAGAGAGAGCGAGAGAGAGUAGUUUAUUCAUAGCUGCUAUUUGGUAACCUCAGCUGACAAUAUCGACUAUCGAGAAAAGCGAGACGCCGACCUGAACAAACUAACCAACCCAACACCCAACAUAAACAUACAUUACAUUACAUUACAUAUCUGUGAUCUGUGCACAAAAUAUCUGCCCAAUAAGUGCCUUUGUCUGUCUUACUUGUCCUCUUCAUACCCGCCACCGCUGAGAAGUAAAACAUAUCAUUAUCAUCAACCUCAGCCUACCAACUGGACUGGACAGGACAUAUUACUCUCUACAUAGAUCAGCAGCCGAUAGCCUAGUGUGCUGCUUGACUGUUCCUUGUUGGUGGUACUUGAAGUGCAUUAUUUCUAACCUUCUCGUUCUCGCCUCAUUGAUUGUCAUUACCUCCUCAGCUGAAGUUACAGUUUCUGAAGUGGGCAUUGUGCUGCUAAUGAUUGUGCCUAGUGCUGUUGUGGUUGUUGUUGUGAAGUUGAGUUGUUGCCGCGCAAAUCGAAUCAUCUCAGCUGUUCUGUUCUGUUCGCAGUAGAAAUCACUCACUUCCAAAGUGCUCUUGCGAGUAGUGUGCUCUUUAAUAGUCGUGACGUGUGAUCGAACUGCGCGACUGAGUUUGUUCACAGUUAUCUGCAGCUGGAGUGUGUAGUGAGUCAUAGUCACCCAACAAGUCAUUUCUGUUGCUAAUCAAAUCAGUCGAACCACCGAGCAGAAUCAGUCGGCCAAAUCAGUGUGGACAGCGCGUGCUAAAAUGCCAGUGGCCGAAUUGAACGACGACUGUAGCAGCCAAGACAAACAGCAGUCAAACGAGCAGAAUUUAUCUACUGCUUCUGCGGAUGGACCUGAAUCUCAACCGACAAGUGAGAAAGAGAAUAAGAACACACAGAAAACAACUGCGGCAACAGAAAUGGUCAUUAAAGACUUAUUCGAGGCAUACAACAUAGAUUGCGAGGAUUUGGACGCAAUUUACAAAGACACCGAAGAAAUUGUAAGCGAGCGGGAGAAGAUUUUGAGCAGCCAAAUGCUAGCGGCCAUUGGCGGAGGCAACCAUGGGUCCAUAAUCGACACAAUGAAAGAGAAAGACCACAUAUCUGCAGUGACCACACAACCAAACGGACUCUCUCCCCAAAUCAACUUUCCUUGGUCGGCGGAACAAAAUGGGAAGAAUGUGAACAAUCCGUUAGAUUUCUGGUCCAAUUUUAAUUCACCGGAAAAGUGUAAAAACUUGGACAUGAGUGAUGCUUUGAGUGGCCUGAAGGGUUCCCCGUCUUAUCUACCAUGUAGCGGCAGUGUGUACAGCUCCUCGAGUUUGUUGCAGAAAAUGCCAUCUGGUACUAGUAUGUCAUCUGCAACUGUUUCGGCUGAAAGGGGAAAACAACUAUCCACAGGCGCUGAAAUUACUGAGAAAAGUCUGUUCAUCAAUCUGGCCUUGAAGCAAGGGCAUUCUGCUGCGAACUGGGAUAAGUUCACGCCAUUUGAGAGCGAUAAGGUGAAUGGUGACAAUCUGGAGCGGUGUGUGGAUUGUGGGGCAGCCUACACCACCAGUUCGGCCCUGUUCUACCACGUGAGGAGGAAAGCGAAGAGCUCUGCUUCUAAGCAGUCCCUUUCUUCCUCCUCUUCCUCCCUGCAGAUGCUGCAGUGCAAGAAGUGUGUGUUGCCAAUCACGAAUGAGUGUGCACAGAAGGCACACCAGAGACUGCACUUUCUCACAGCACCCUACGUCUGCUUCAUCUGCGGACUCAGGUGUGCAAGUGACAUGCGAUUGUUGCACCACAUAGACGGCCACGGAGUGGAGUGUCGAGUGCAGAACAACAUUGCAUGUCAUACCUGCCAGUUGGUGUUCAUCUCCAAAGAACAUCUGGUCAAGCACAGAGAAGCAGCACACCAUCAAGGGGGCAUAGUUCCAUCAGGUGCCAAUUGUAUCAACAGCACCUGUAUCACCGCUCUGGGGACAGGAGCAGGGGGUGGGAUGAACCCGGCCAUUGAGAGCAUUGUGAAUGGACCUCCCAAGAGACCCUCUUCGAACAACACUUCCGCCGCAGCAUAUUCUGUCCACGCCGGCAGAACAUCACACGCUCACAGCCAAAACCCGCAGUCAACCGCAGUGAUCAAAAUGUCACCUCCUCCUUCGCGUCCGAACAGUCUCGGUAAACAGAAUGAGGCAACCGCGUUAGCCGUGAAGUCGUCAGAAAAAGCCCAUGUAAUGGGCAUACAAGGCAGUAAACCACUGAGAAUGGAGAAGCUCCCUUCUGAGAAGAACGGGAAGCAUGCAGUAAACACUUCUACGUCUGGAUCCAGUGGGAGUACCUUUCCCCAGUUGAAUGGGGCGACGGCGGCGGGAACUGGACCGGGAACCAAAUGUCAUCUGUGCCAAAAAGUGCUCUCCAGAAGGGACAAACUGAAGUGGCAUCUGGCCAUUUGCUGUCCGAGGUUCCACGUGGACCUAUAUGACCAACUCUUAGUGGCCGGAUUCGCACACGCUAUCGCUAAGAAUGUAGUGUUGGGCAGCAACUGUGCGGCCAAGUGUCAAUUCUGCAGCAGACGCUUCACCUCCAGAGCUAGUCUGGAAUUGCAUGAGAGCACGUGUAGUCUGAAAACCACGCUUGGUUUUGGCUCCUCACAGUCAGGCACUGACAACAAAAAGGGGGUCCCAGUUGGUCCAAAAGAUCCUCUAUUGCCUCUCCCAACUGAUCUUUCACUCUCCUCAUCCAGCACAUCAUCAGGCACUACAACUGUGUCAUCCAGUGCAAAUGGUCUGUCUCUCCUCUCGAGUGAGAGCAACAACAACAACAACAUCAAAACUGGAGGUCAGAGUCAGAAUGGAGGACAGCAGACAUCGAGUGGGGUGGACAGGCUGACCUGUCACUUGUGCAACCGCACUCUAUCCAGACGGGAUAAGUUGAAGAGACACUUGGUCAGAUGCUGUGAGACUCACCAGAGAGACGUCGAGAUCGCACUGCUCGUGGCCGGAUUCACAGCCAAGGAUGUCGAGAAAGUGUUGAGCGGGAGCAUUAGUGGACUUCCGCAGAAAUGUGCCAACAAUGUCUCCAAACCACCUGCUGCUCCCCCACUGAGACAAACAAGUCCCCCCAUAAUCACUGACCAAUCAACGUGCAGUAUCGUAUCUACAACGGACAAGAAAGAAGAACACACAGUUGAGAAGGAGAGCGAAAACGAGAGCGGCUUCUUCGAGGUUUCUGCAAUGGGGGGAUCUAGUCCCCCGUCAGUUCCAAUGAAGUACCAUCAGUUACCCGAACUGAUUCCUGAACCGCCCAGCUUUCCAGCUGAUUUAUCAGAUGUGACUCCGGUGAUGUCGCCUGCAUGUGCUAAAGAAGAGUUUGAGACAAAAAGCAAUUCAGGUGGAGGUGGUGUGGGCCAGACCAUGAGCAACUCGCAGUCUUGUUCGCCCAGCGGCUGUUUACUGCCGACCUCCCUCUCCUCCCUGCUUGUCGAAGUGUCCCCUUCCUCCUCCUCCGCUACUCCCUCGGGGAGAUCAGGAGUCAAAAACAAGAGUGGAAAUAAUGACGAAGACCAUUCACCUACAGUAUCAGUUCAGAAUACUACAAAUUCUUCAGCUGUUGAGAAGAGUGAUAAGCGAUCGAAUCAGGCGGAGCAGCCAAACGCAGUAGCUGUCAUCGGAAAGAGGCCAAAACAUCGAUGUGAAAGUUGCGGAGAGGUUUUUAUCGACAAUCUAGUGUUCUCGCUACACUCCUGCACUUGAAACUAAAAAUGAACAUUGAGUAAUUGCUAAAAUUGAAGCUAUUCUGUUAAUGUCCAAUUCGACUUAUUUAUGUUGUUAAUCAUUAAUGUUGUAAAUUAUCAGUCAUCAGUUAAUCAAAUUUUGGUGCCUUUACAUUAUAGAGUAUUUAGCUUUUUGCCGUUUGGUUUCUUUUCUUCCAUAUAUGUUCUUAUCAGUUCAUAAUCAAUUUGUGUAUUUUUAAUCGUAGUUUAAUCAGUACUCGAAUAUUCCAAUGUUGAUCUUUUGUUGUAAUUUUAUAUAUUUGCCAUUUCUUUCCCUUGUCGUCAUUUGUCAGAAUAGAUCAAAUGUUUUGGAGCAGUUGAUUUGUUGCAUCUUGCCGAUCAUU